AUGGCGGUUGGCAACAUCAACCGAGGAGCCAUGUUUGCUCCCAAGUCUGCCAUGUCUCUGUACGCCGCGUUGCUCGCCUGUGCUGCCCUCCCGAUUGCUUCUGCGCACAAUCACGACUCUUCGCAUAUCGAGGAAGGACAAAUGAUCUCCGCCGACCCCAUCGACACGACAUUAUGGAUUCACAUCUUCGUCCAGAUGGCUGCCUGGGGCGUCAUCUUCCCUCUGGGCAUGGUCCUGGGAAUCGUUAGGUCCAGAUGGCACGUUCCCGUCCAGGUCGCUGGCACCGCGCUCGCCAUCCUCGGAUACGCCCUGGGCCACAUGCAUGGUGGUCGCGAAUUCCUCCACUCGAAUGUCCACUCCAUGUUCGCAACCCCUCUGUCCUUGCUGCUGUUCGUACAAAUCCUGCUGGGCAUAUAUCUCAAAUUACACAUGGAGAAGGGUGUACACGGAAAGAUCCGACGUUUUGUUGUUAUGGGACAUGGCGUCCUUGGCAAAGCCAUGCCAGUGCUUUCUUGGACUCAGAUGAUCUUUGGUGGCUUCACCGCGCUUGGUUUCUGCGCAGACAACGAGCCGCCCGGCGACCACCUCGGACAAUGUCUGGCACAUUUCAUCAUGGGAAGUUCCUUCAUCGUGUACGGCAUCCUCCUGCUCCUGGUCCUGCUUGUUGGACAGGUGUGGAUCAAGCGCACUGGUCGAUCGCAGGAUUUCUUUGACAGUGCUAUGAUCGCCGCCUGGGGUUGUGUCAAUACCUUUACCGAGCACCGAUGGGGUACGGCAUGGGUCAGGAACGAUUGGCAACAUACGACAAUGGGCAUUAUCUGGUGGUCUGCGGGCUUGGUGGGAGUCUGGCUCAGUAAGGAUCGCGAUGGCCGGCCACAGCGCAACUUGAUCCCUGGUUUUGUCCUUCUGAUUACCGGUUGGGCCAUGAGCUCUCACCCUCAGACCCUGAUGAUCAGCGCCGAAACUCACAAGAUGUUUGGGUAUACCUUGAUGGCUGCUGGCCUCACUCGGAUGAUUGAGAUUUCUUUCGUACUCAAAGAUCGGCAUGGCAUGUCUGUGGAUGGCAGGGUAACCCACAGCUUCCAAUACGUCCCUAUCUUCUUGCUGAUUGCUUCGGGUUUCUUAUUCAUGGCCGCCACCGAGGAGCAGAUGGAUUUGGUUGACUCCUCCGACAUGGAUCACGUGGCAUACAUCUUGAUCCUAUACUCCCUCGCUAUGCUCCUUUUCCUCUGGGUCAACAUGCUCAUCACCACCUACGACCGGAACGUUGGCCCUGCCCUACCCAACAAGGAAGCUGCGAAUGGCCGGCUAGGACCACGACUUAAUGGAAAUGUUCCCGUCCGGGAUGCGGAAGAGUUCGAACUCGAGGGUUUGAUGAGCGACGACGAAGGUGACCAUGCGGACCAUGUGAGGAGACGAGUGCAAGACGAUGAAGAUGAUUCUCUCAACAGCCCUAGUACGGUUGGAAAGAACAACGACCGUGUUGUUCAAUGA